CACACACACACACACACACACACACACACACACACACACACACACUACUUGUACACAUAUAUGUAUGAACAAAAAGGCAUGAACCAAAAUGAUAACAAACUGGUCCUGUAUGAACCUACAUUAUAACAAACUGGUCCUGUCUGAACCUACAUUAUAACAAGCUGGUUCUGUAUGGCUCAGUUGACAGAGCAUGUCGAUUGCAACAGUAGGAUUGUGGGUUCGAUUCCCAGGUCCACCCAUACAUAGAAAUGUAUGUUGCUUUGGAAAAGUGUCUGCUAAAUGUCACACACAUAAUAUAUUAAAACAUACAGUACACCAAGCUGUAUCCUACUAUCUACCCAGAUGUCCCUUUGAAGAACUACACGUUAGAUCCCUGAUAACCAAAAGGUUGUUGGUUCGAAUUCCCGAGCUGUCAAGGUGGAAAAAUCUUCAGUUUUUCCCUCGAGCAAGGCAGUUAACCCCCAACAACUGCUCCCCGAGCCCUCAUGGACGUCAAUUCAGGCAGUCCCCCGCACCUCUCUGAUUCAGAGGGGUCGGGUUAAAUGCAGAAGACACAUUUCGGGUGAAUGCAUUCAGUUGUGCAACUGACUAGGUAUCCCCUUUCCCUUACUAGGCCCGAUGCUCUUAACCGUUAGGCUACCUGCCGCCCAAGUAAAAGAGGAACUGAUGAAGGAUGCAACUUCUAUAGAAACACCUCUAUCUACAGUAUCUCUGUGAGGCAAUGCUCUGUCUGGCCCCAAGGGCCUGGCUGGCUCCGGUCUACUGAUUAGUAGAUUAGUUGGAAGAUAGUUGCUGAAUUAUGGUCAUAAUGUGUUACUAUACGCUUCAUAUAACUGACCAGUCCUGAAUACAGUAUGACAUGUUCAAAGAUUUCAAUUUGAACGUGUAUUUGUUUAUGUUUUUGAGAGACCAGAGAGUAUCUGUGAAGGUUUAUAGUGUGAAAGAGGUUUGUAUUGAAUGUAUGAAAACUUCAACGUGGGAUAAAUGUGUGUUAGAGGCAAUACUCUUCCUUGUACCACCAUGUGGGUUGGCUCCCACACAACACCCACUUCCUGUAGAACGAGGACCUGUCAGAUAGAGCCUCCCCUCAUCAGUACAAUCCCCCUCCACCCCAGACCACAAUGUUAUGCUGACAGACACUCACAAACACCUUACCACUCUCAGACAUAGAGCUUGGGGCAGCGAUGGGGUAGAUCAGACACACCUGUCUGUGGAUGGGACACACCUGCCACCUGUCUGUGGAUGUGACACACCUGCCACCUGUCUGUGGAUGUGACACACCUGCCACCUGUCUGUGGAUGUCAUGGAUCUCCAUCUCACCCCGAGGGUAGUCUGUGUCUGGCUCUGGAUCAUAGCAGGCUGGGUGAACGUACUGGGGCAUGGGAUAAUAGAUGAGGCUGUCCCUCACCUGUCAAAGAAAGAUGUGUUGUUGUUGGCUGGUGAUACAGAUCCAAAGUGUUUUACCAGGACACAGUAUGACUUCACCUGUUUCUGGGAGACACCAGGCAACACAGCUUAUGACUUCUUCUACAGGAAUGAUAAUGAGGAAAAGGAGAAGCGGUGUAAACUGACUCUCCAGAGGACAGAGAAGGGGGAGGAAGAGGAGGAGGAGGAGGAGGGGAAGGUUCUCCACAUCUGCUUCUUCCCUUGCUCUGACGUCUUCCUGUUCACGCUCACACACAUCAGAGUGGUGGAGAGCAGCUCCAACUACACACUUUUCACACGCACCAUCAGCAUUGAGGACCAGGGUCUCCUGGAACCCCCUGUGAAUGUAUCCCUUCACCAAACAGGGCAAGCUGGGCAGUUGCAGGUGUCUUGGCAUGCACCAAGAGAUUGGGAGAACAAUGUGCAUUAUGGGAUGCAUUACUCCUCCCAGGGACUAGGGGAGAGGACAGAACUGAUAAAGUACACGAGGUCCCCCAUUCACAGCCUGGUUUCUCUGCUGCCAGGGGAGGUGGUCAGCGUCCAGCUGAGGGUCAAACCCAAUGGCUACAGUGAGACAGAGACCAGCGGUCACUGGAGCGACUGGUCGGUCCCCAUCACUGCCAUGGUACCUCAGAGCGCAGCUGAUAUCUCAUUGUUGUGUCAUACCUCUGACCUGCAAAACAUCACCUGCCAAUGGAAUGGGCAGUCCUAUAAAGAUGCUACCUACACCUUAAACUACAAGCUGGGACCCAGUAAAAGGGAGGGUUGGAGAAAGUGUCUGCAGAAUGAGAACACCUCCUACCACUGCCGUUUCCAUGGAGCGGAGGCCAGCGAGAUACUGGUUAAACUCAGUACUGGUCCUGGUUCUCUCAAACGGACCUUCUACACUGAACCCUUCAGACUCAACAACAGCAUUCAAACAGGCCCUCCAGGGAGGCUGAGGGGGAAGUGGGAGGGGGGCAGGCUGCGUCUGAGAUGGGGCACACCCCUACUCGCUCUGUCUCUCCACCUGAUGUACCAGCUCCGCUACCAGCCUCAAGAGGAGGCCGUCUGGAAGGUACAGAGCCUACCUACAGAGCCCACCUGUUCUGUGCUGGUGACCCUGCAGGUUUCUGAGAACAGUAUUUGUCUGGACGUUCAGACUGGCAGUCAAUACUUUAUCCAGGUCAGAGCCAGGCCCAACGGGUCAGUCUACGCUGGCUACUGGAGCGACUGGUCACCCCCACUUACUGUGGACACACCUUCAGAUAUAGCAGGGGCCCUCUUCAUCAUCUGCAUUCCUCUCAUGAUGCUCAUCCUAUCAGUUGUGUUCCUCUCAUUGAUCUCCAGGUAUCUCAGUAAGCUCAAACGGUAUCUGUGGCCACCAAUCCCAAAACUUGACAAAGUACUGCACGGCUUCCUGACAGACAUCAACGGCCAGACUUGGGGCCCUCCCUUCAUCAUCAAGCAAUAUUCUGAGGAGACCCCAGCCUCUGUGGUGGAGAUUAUCUCUGAGAGGGAGGCUCCAGAUGGAGGGAAGCUUCCCAGGGAGUCCUCCUCACUACUCUCCCCAGAACGAGGCUCCGCUGGCGGGGAGGAGGAAAGGCUCCCCACCCUGGCCCUGGAGCUCAGCCAAGACUACGUGACCCUGGCCACAGAUGACGUCAUCCCCUGUCUCCGAGGGAACAAGUAUGUGUAUGACGGGGAGGUGGGGGCAGAGUCUCGAGGCCUGGGGGAAGAUGAGGUUCUCCAGAUGAGGUGUCACUGCUCCUCCAACUUCCCAUCAUCCUCCAGUACCACGGACAUCCUCAACCGCUCCUACAUGCUGCUGGCCGAACAGCCUAUAGAGAGACUGGACUGUCAGGACAGCAGCAGGGCCUGCAAGCUCUAUGCCAACCUGAAAGGAAAAAACUCAGCUAAUGCAAACCCCUGAUUGGCACAGCUCAACAAAGGCACACAAACUGGACAGUUACAAAACAUCAAAACAAUAUCCAUUACAUCACUACCAAAACAUGUCCUUGCAUACAGCUUAUUAAAGAUGUAUUUUAUGACUAAUGGGUUAAUAUAUCAAGUGCUCCCAAAUGUGGAUGAACGGAUAUGGAUUGUUAUGUUGCACGGUCAUACUAUACUGUAAAUAUAUAUAUUUAACUUGUCACAUAUCUGUCUGUAUAUAAGGUAUAUACUGUACAGUGCAUUCAGAAUGUAUUUAGACCCCUUGAUUAUUCCACAUUUUGUUACGUUUCAGACUUAUUCUAAAAUGGAUUACAACUUCUUCAGGAUCGGUGUUGAGCUAACGUAGGCUAAAGGUUGUAAGAAACAAACAAAAAAUCCCAGGACAUAGACAUGUCUGAUAUGGGCGAAGUUUAAAUUCUUGUUAGUCUAACAGCACUGUCCAAUUUACAGUAGCUAUUCGGCUAAAAAAAUACCAUCCUAUUGUUUGAGGAUACAAUUAUGAAAAUGUAUGAAUAAACCAAUUAGGCACAUUUGGGCAGUCUUGAUACAACAUUUUGAAUAGAUAUGCAAUAUUUCACUGGAUCACUCUAAAACUUUGCAUUUAACGUGCUGCCAUCUAGUGGCCAAAGUCUAAAUAACACCUGGUCUGGAAUAAUACAUUAUUAUGCCCUUCCUCUUGCAUUUAAAAAUAUCUACUACCAGAUCUCAUGGAUUAUAUUAUCCUACAUUCAUUUCACAUUUCCACAAACUUCAAAGUGUUUCCUUUCAAAUGGUAUCCCGAAUGUGCAUAUCCUUGCUUCAGGGCCUGAGCUACAGGCAGUUAGAUUUUGGUAUGUAAUUUUAGGCAAAAAUGUAGGUUUUUAAUAAAAAUAUGCUCAAUUUACAAUCCGUACCCAAUAAUGACAAAGCAAAAACAGGUUUUUAGAAAUGUUUGCAAAUGUAUUAAAAUUUAAAAACUGAAAUAUCACAUUUA